AUGGAACAGAGUAAGGAAGUCACAAUGGCCAAGGAGAUCCCCUCGAUAUGGGAAUGGGUCAAGCUCGCACCCAGGAACGGAAAGAACGGCAUAGUAUACCUGUCCUUAGUAACCGUAAAGCCCCUCUCUGACGGCACCAAGAUGAAGUGCACGGUGUUUGACCCCGUUCUUGAGCAGCCCAAGAAAGGCGCGGUUGAGGUGUUCUUCUACGACGAACUGCAUACGCACAAGGUGAGAAGGCCGGGGCGGUUCAUCGACGAAGACUGGUGGGCUGCGCACGGCCCCCCGCACAUGUCGUGGGAGGAAUUGGGGGGCUCGUCGCGCACUUUCAGUACCACUGCGGGGCAGUGCAUGGGCCUCCUGGGCGCCCAAGAUCCUUACGGGAUUAGAUGA